UGAUACAUAUACAAGGAUAUUAAAGAAAAAAUUAGACAAAAGAUAGAAAAAAACAUUGCAGCUCCGAAACCAAUUAAGGUCAUAGCAAGGACAAUAUAGUAAAAUUAAAAGGAAGACGUUAAAAGUAGCAAGUCGUCACACAUAAAUGGAGAAACGGUCAGGCUCCCGACAAAGCUUAACUAUCACCCAUCCCUUCCUCACUUAUAUCAUCCAACUGCCAAAACCGUCGACGUUUAAUUCAUUCUUCCAUAGUUUCAGCAUCCAAAAACAAAACAAAAAAAAAUCAAAAACGAAAUCAACGAUGCCGGUGACUGAAAACCAAAGCUCCUUCCUCAACCGCAUAAGCAUCCGUCGCAAUCAGAUCGCAUCCCUCGACAGCAGCAGUAAUGAGCAGGAGCAGGAGGACUUCGACGUCUUCAUCCGCCACGUGGCCGACCGCUUCUCCGCCCUCCUCCCCGCCGCGGAGUCCCCCUGCGCCGCCGCGCCGCAGCUCCUGACCAUCUCCUGGUUUCGCGACCUCCUCGACGCCUUCCUCUGCUGCGAGUCCGAAUUCAAGGCCGUCCUCCUCGCCGGCCGCGACCCCUCCCAGUUCUCCCGCCCGCCCCUCGACCGCCUCGUCCCCGACCUCCUCGACCGCUCCGUCAAGGCCCUCGACGUCUUCAACGCCGUCACCAACGGCCUCGACCUCAUGCAUCACUGGCAGCGCCUCGCGCAGAUCGCCGUCGCCGCGCUCAGACAGAUCACCCCCGUCGGCGAGGGCCAGGUCCGCCGCGCGCGCCGCGCCCUCGUCACGCUCAUCGCCUCCAUGGCCUUCGACGACAAGGAGGCCGCCGCCACGGGCGGGGGCAGCGGCGGCGGCCACGGGCGGUGGGCUGAGCGGACCCGCUCCUUCGGGCGGCGGAUCGGCGGCGCGGUCCGCGACCGCGCCGUGAUCGUAGGGAACCUGCGGUCGCUGUCGUGGACGGUGGCGAAGUCGUGGUCGGCCGCGCGGCAGGUGCAGAUGAUGCUGAUCAGCCUGGCGGCGCCGCGCGGCGCGGAGGCGGCGGGGUUGGCGACGCCGGUGUACAUCAUGAACACGUUACUGGUGUUCGCGGCGUGGGCGCUGGUGGCGGCGGUGCCGUGCCAGGAGAGGCAUGGGUUAGCGACGCAUUUCCAGACCCCGAAGAGCUCGAGCUGGGCGCAGCCGAUCAUGGUGCUUCAGGAGAAGAUCGGAGAGGAGUGGAAGAGGAAGGAGAAGGAGAAGAGGGGGAACCCUGGCCUGCUGGAGGAGCUGCAGAGGAUGGAGGCGGUGGCGCAUUCGCUCGUGGACUUUGCCGACAGCUUCGUGUUCCCGUUGGAGGACGACAGGGCGGCGGAGAUGGCGGCGCAGGUGGAGGAGCUGGCGGAGAUAUGCCAGAAGAUGGAGGAGGGGCUGGGGCCCCUGCAGCAGCAGGUUAGGCAGGUGUUUCAUAGGAUUGUGAAGAGUAGAGGAGAGGUUCUUGAUGUUCUAGAUCAAGUUAGUAAACUGUCAGCAGCAGUUCAGUAUUGACUUGUAUCUUUAAUUUAACAGAGUCAAGAAAAGUUGUAAAUUGGAUAAAAGUGGCGAGUACCAAUUUUUUUCAAAAGUUAA